AUGCCGCUCUCGAGGUCGCAUGUGAUAUCGAGUGUGCUCUGCACUAUUCUGCUGCAGUACUGCGUCGAGAGCCAACAGGAGAACCUUAUUGAAGAAGCAUCAUCAAUCGAGUCCCUACACGCGCCGACAGGGGGUGGAGUGGAACUACCUUGUGACGUCACACCAGCGCUGCCUGACGAUCGGAUGGGGCUGGUUAUCUGGUACAAACAGGGCCACGAGUCACCUAUAUAUACAUUGGAUACUCGGGAGGGCGUGACGUCACACUGGGCGGAUGCCACUCUAGGGGUGAGGGCCACCUUCCGGAGUGACACCAGACCUGCUGUACUGGUCCUCACUAAAUUAAGGCCUGAAGACAGUGGACAGUACCGAUGUCGAGUAGACUUCAUCAAAUCGCCUACCAAAAAUACUAGACUGAAUCUCACUGUGCUAAUACCCCCAGAAAGGCUGAUCGUUCUGAACCACGAAGGCAACGAGGUCCGAGGUGGAGUUCUAGGGCCUUAUGAUGAAGGAACCGAAGUCAACCUCACCUGCAUCGCUGUGGGAGGUCGUCCAAUAGCGCGGGUCUCGUGGUGGAAGGCCCACGCACUGCUCGCCAACUCCGAGGCGAGGGCUACCGUCUCAUUCAGGCUGCAAAGGUCUGACUUCGGCACUGAUGUUACCUGUCAGGCCGUCACCGACCCUCUUAUAGCUCCAGUUUCAGAAAACAUAUCGAUUGAUGUCAACUUGAGACCACUCUGGGUCCGUCUUCAAGGUGGCAAGCGACCUCUUGUGGCUGGCCAGAGCACCGAGCUGGUCUGCCAAGCUGUGGGAGCCAGGCCUAAGCCAACCAUAUCAUGGUGGAAAGGAGGAACCAGACUAAAAACUGUUAGAGAAACGACCUCUACGGACGGCAACGUAACUAGCAGCAUCUUGACGUUCGUGCCAACGAUAGAAGAUGCUGGCAGGGUGCUGUCCUGCAGAGCAGUGCAGCCUAGUCUACCACAUUCUACGCAUGAAGAUGGGUGGAAGAUGGAAAUACAACAUUUACCGGUAGCCAAACUGGAGCUGGGCGCUAACCUGGACGCCAGCAAGGUGGUCGAAGGAUCAGAUGUCUACCUGGACUGCAGAGUACGAGCUAACCCAUGGCAUAACCAUGUCUACUUCACGCAUAAUGGUGUGGUGGUAAAACCAGGUCCUGGAGUUCUACUAGCCAACCAAAGCCUGGUGCUCCAGAGAGUGUCUAGGAAGGCGGCUGGUGCCUACGUGUGUUCAGCCAGAAACGCUUUGGGUGAAGGAUCUUCAGAAAACCUCAUUCUGGAUGUGAAAUUUGUGCCAACCUGCAAGUCUACACAACCGAUCGUGGUGCGGGCAGCCAGAGGGGAGAUCAUUGAGAUCGACUGUGAUCUGGACGCUAAUCCAAAGGAGUCAAUGUCAUACCACUGGUGGUUCAACAGUUCCGCUCACAGCAAACACGAGCUCACCACGUCACCGAUGACCACUAUAACCAAUUUACCGGGUACCUACGUGUACAUGGUAAAUACAUCAUCAGACUACGGAUGGGUGCAGUGUUCGGGAACCAACUCCGUGGGACGGCAGACGAAGCCGUGUCUCUUUCAUAUACUGCCAGCUGAUAAGCCGUCGACACCAAAAUCCUGUGAGAUUACCAACGUGACAUACGACUCUUUGACUCUGAACUGCACUCCAGGACAUGAUGGCGGGAUCCACCAGUCGUUCUUAUUAGAAAUCUUCGACAUGGCAACAGGGUUGCUUCUCCGAAACGUAAGCAGUGAUGAUCCAGAGUUUGAAGUGGCAGGGUUGUCAGCGAGCAAUUCUCUAGCAGUGUCCGUCAGAGCAUUCAACAAGAAAGGAUUUAGUGAAGCGUUAACCCUAACUUCUAGUUUGCUGAAAUACCCUCAACGGCAUACAGGAAAAAAUGAAAAGGACAAGAGACAACAAGAUGAAACCUCAAAUAUACCGUUAACAGGAACGAAGGAGUCGGAAAGCGUUGAUAGUCUUGCCGGUCCGUUGUCCAGAAUGGAGCAAAGUAGUGCCAAGUCACUUUCUGAAUCUAACAUUUCCGUACAACCCGAACAAUGUACCCCGCCUAACUUCGUAUCUAGACGAUACAAGAGGUCAGUAGAGGAUCUCUAUAACUACGAUACUGAUUUUCACGCUUUUAAGGAGGAAGUUAAGGAACUAAUAUCGUCUUUGAUGUUGCCACAAGAAGCAGAGAUUAAAAAAAUCUGUCAAACUUUAAUGGAAAUUAAAUCCACUAAUAACAACAUAGAAUCUUCCAUUACUUUCUUGGCGGCGCAGAAUGAUGAACUAAAGUCCAAAGUGCAAAUUCUUGAAGAAAAAUCUAAAAAAGACGACGAAUAUAUCACAAUUUUGAAGGAAAAAAUAGAGGAUAUGCAAAGAGAUAAAAAUCCAGACAUCAUACCCCUAGACGGAAAAAUCAGCGAUAGCUGCUCAAACAAAUCAUCUACAACCGAUUACAGCUCAAUAAGACCACUCAUAUCAAAAACUACGGACAAAUAUGAUUUAUCUACAAAUUGCGAUCGAUUCUAUGACCAUAACAUUGAUCCUUGCAACCAAUACAUACAAGUGCGUCCCAUGGAAUAUAGACGACCAACAUAUGCGCCAACUUUGCAAAUGCCCAAUCUUGGACCGAGCAUACAAAGUUUGGGACCAAUGAGCAGCUUGCAUAUGCCAAAUGUUGGACCCAACGAUUGUCAUAGACAGCCUUAUGAUAAGGUUUACGAAGAUUGGUUGAAGUAUAAGAAUGCUUUGCCGUUGAAUACCAGUGGGUUGCUCCCAGCAGAGCAGCUACUACCACCAGAAUUAUACGCCACGCCACCUCCACCGUCUCUCUACAGCAACCCAAACAGAAACCCUUUAAACCUGACUCAAAUGCCUGAGUUAGAACCUAGAUACCACUUAGAGCCUAGGUCUCUAGCCAUGGACUCCAGGAGCUGUUCCAGCUCGCCGCCUGUUAGAUUCAACCCUGAGAAUAAUAGCGUGUACUUCAGAAACUCCCCAACACAGCUACAGAGUGAUCCAAAAACUGUCACAAAAUCCACGGACACUUCACUAGAACCAGUGAAAAUGGCAAAAGAGUGUGAAUGA